AUGUCGCCCACGCCAGAAGCCAUUCUCGCCCAACUUCAGGCAACCGGCUCCGCGUAUUCCGAGAAGAAACCGGGAGCCCGGGAACAACUCCUAAACCUCGCUCAUUCCUUGAUUUCAAGCUUGGAGCUUCCAAGUGAAUCUAUCCAGCGAAUAGGCUGGGCUGGGCCCGCCAGAGCCGCACACUGUCGCAUGGCGGUCGACUUGGGGAUAUUUGAAUCCUUAAAAGACAGCGGCGAGGUAGAUAUCAGUGGGAAAGACUUGGCCGCGAAAGCUGGUGCCGAUGAGACUCUGAUUGCACGAACCUUGAAGCAUCUUGCUGCUAUGAAUGUCGUUGCCGAGACGGGUGCGGAUAAGUACGUUGGGACGCCCCUGAGCAACGCUCUGACCGAGCCGAAGUAUCGAGACGGCAUCAUUUACACAUACGACGUGGCCGGCCCGUCGUUCCGUGGUCUACCCGAGUACUUGAAGAGCAUCAAAGCUUCCAUUCUUCGCAUGGCUAGAUCAAAACCCGCCCUACUGAGAGAAAUUCAACAACUACAUGUCGGCGUACCGCGCCGGGAAACCUUCGUGGAGCGUCUCGUCCAAGGUUUUGAUGCUGAUACCGGGGGCAACGACGUCCUCCUCGUUGACGUCGGCGGUGGUCUAGGACACGACCUACUCGAGCUGAAAGAAAAGCACCCUUCGCUCCCCGGCAAACUCAUCCUACAGGACCGCCCCGAGGUCAUCUCAGCCGUUUCCAGCGAGGGUGUGUUCGAAGCCACAGCUCACGACUUCUUCGCUCCUCAGCCCGUAAAAGAAGCCCGGGCGUACUACCUACACUCCGUGCUCCACGACUGGGGCGACGACGACUGCGUUCGCAUCCUCGAACAGCUACGGCCUGCGAUAAGAUCGGGUUACUCAAAACUGCUCGUGAAUGAAAUUAUUGUUCCCGAUCGCAACCCGACGUGGCCCGUUACCUCGAUGGACCAGAUAGUAUUUGUGCUUGGCGCCAUGGGGGAGCGUACGCAGGCUCGCUGGGAGGCUAUUUUGAAGCGGGCCGGCUUUAAAGUUGUGCAUGUAUAUAACUACGAGAUGGGAUCCGAAAGCCUUAUCGAGGCGGAAUUAGCAUAG